AUGAUUUAAAAUUCAACCACCACUCCUCCAAAUGAAGACUCAUAUCAUAAGCCAAUCAUUCAAAUAAUGACAUAGAUUAAUUAGUAAUAAAUGAGAGUUCGUAAUCCUUCUUAAGAAAAUCUUAAAGUAUAAAAUGACAGUCAUUAAAUUAAAAUUACUAAUCAAAAAUCUCCCACUUUCACUCAGAACAGUGUAUAGUUAGCAUCUGAUAGGAUAUCUCCUAAUAAUUAAUAAGAUUUGCUUCUUAUUAAUGAAGAACCAAGUAAUAAAGAAGACUCACAAUAAUUUAGUUUGAUAAGAAAACAAAAUGAUUAUGAAAUACUGUAUCGAAAAUCCAAUUAAAAUAAAUCAAGUACACAUAACUCAUCUUUGAGGUUAUUGUACUCUACAAAAUUAGACUUUUUCAUUUAACAAAUAUUAAGCAAAUAGCAAUUUAAAAUUAUUCAUGACUUAUCUUCAGUCUAUAUCAUUCCUUUAAAAAAAUAAAUUAUUAAUAGAAUAAAGUAGGAUUCUAUGAUUAAAAAAGCAAUAUAUAGUCUCUAUAUAUGCUUUCUAGUCUUUUAUUUGACUAUACUAUUGAUAGAAUUGGGUUGUGAUAAUAUAACACUUAGCAAUUAGUAUAUUUUUCAUUAUUUCUUGGUUAUUUUUUAAUUAAUCGAUUGCGUUUAUCAAAUUGUAAUUAACUAAUUUUGUAUAAUAACUAUGAUUGCAGAUAUAUCAACCAUUUUACCAUUUUUUGCUUAUUUAUUAGAUUUAGGAGAUGGAUAAAGAAUAUUUUAUAUGUUAUAUUUAAUAAGAAUCUACAAAAUUACUGAUUUCAUAAAAAACUUAAAUUUUUAUUCAAAUUAAUAUGAUUAGCUUUUUGUGAUUAUGAUAACUAUUUAAAUUCAUUUUGCUACUUUUAUUGCAUAAACUAUUAUUUAUAUGUUUGCUGAAUAACAACAAGACUAUAUAAAUUAUAUUUAAAAUAUUUUUGUUUUGUUGUUUUUCAAUCCAAACAUAAUAAAACGUUAUUAUUUUAUUAUUUAUUUGAUUAGAAUUCUCCUACUAAUUUUUUAUUUUAUAAAAAUUAAAUAAGUAAUUAAUUAUCAAUCACUUACAAUGGAUCCUUUAAUAAUUUAUUCACCUAAAACAUUGAAGUCUAUAAUCAAUUAUUAAGAAGAAAAUAAAGUAGCUAAAUUUGAUAUCAAAUCUUUACCAAUACAUUUAUAAUAAAAAAUGAAGAGAGAGAAGUAUUUGUAGAUAUUAUAAAAUAUUCCAAUCUUUUAAAAAUCAUUUUCAAAUUAAACAUUGUUAAAGUUAUGUGAUAUUAUAGUAGAAGAUAUAUUAAAACCAAAUAAAGUGGUAAAAUAGAAAUAAUGUCUUCAUUUUCUUUUAGAGGGAUAAAUAAGAAUUGUUUAAAAAUGUUAAUCAUCUUCUAAAGAAUUUAAAUUAGCAAAAAUAUAAACUCCAUUUUAGAUUUUCAAUAAUAUCGCUUUUUUUAAAAAUUAAUUAUAGGGGAUAGAAUUCAAAAGUAUUGGAUAUUCAAAAAUAGCAACUUUAGAUUAAAAUAAAUUUCAAAAUAUAAUCCGAUAAUGUCCUAGAGAAUUCUAAAAAUAUAGAAUGCUUAUUGAUACUCUUUUAACAGAAAAUAAAUAUUUUUUGAUAAAUAUUUAAUGUUUUAGUUGUUUUAAAGAACAUGAUAUCACUGAAUGUCCAAUUGUAAAUUACAAACCUAAUAAAAAUUAAGUAAUUCACAAUAUUAUAAUAAAUAAAGAGUAAAAAAGAGUAAUUGAUUUUAAAAGAGUAACUAUCUUUUAUUAUAUAAUUAGUAAGUACUUAAGAAGAAUAGAAAACUUAUUGCAGUUGUUAAAAAUGAUCAAAUGAAAGAUUCUGAAGUAUCAAAUUCUGAAGAAUAUGAUAAAGUUGAAUCAUUUUAAAAAUUGUUAGCUUCUUCUUCGAACUCUUUGCAAAGUUAGAAUAAUAAUAAUUUCAUAAAUUAAUUAGAACUAAGUUCUGUUCCUUAUAUAAAUUAUUCACAUAGUGGUUAAACUUUAUAGUCUAAAAGAAUAGAUUCAGAAUAAUUUUUAUCAUCUCAAGGAGUGAGUAGUAGUAUUAGUAGUAGAAAAGUCUUCAUAAAUGAAAUUAAAGAAGUAGGACAAUCUAAAUUUUAAAGAUUUGAAUAAUAAUCUGAAGAUUAAUAAAUAUCUUAAUUAAAUUAUCAUGCUAUAGUUUAGGACAGUAUUUUAUAAACAAAGAAAAGAUUUAAUUAAAAUAAAAUUAAAAAAGAUGAUAUAUAAUAAUUAUAACGAUAUCAAACUGAUAUACAAUCUGAAUUUAAGAAAAGAGAUUUAAGAAAGAAUCAAACUAUGGUUAAUAGUAAAAUUGAAUAUGAAGAUAAUUUUAAUAGAAGAAUAUCAAUAGAGAACAACUUCUUAGAAUAGUUUGAGAAAAUUAAUUAAUUUGAUGAUUAUUACCCAUAAUAUAAUGUGGAUUAGUAAAUAAAAUAUUAUGAAAAGAUGCAAUCCAUAAAAAUAGAUAAUAUUAAAUGA